UUUUGUAAUCACAACAUGAUCUCGUGUGCUGAGCAGCAAAGCCGGCAGGGAGAGGCCGGCAGAGGCCCGGCUCCAGUGGCUCCGGCUUCCCUCCUGCUCUCGCUCCCCCGGGGCUGCUCUGGAAUUCUCUCGGUGCCUGCGGUUGCCAUGCAGUCGGCUGGGCCUCAUGGGGCCGAGUCCCCGAUGAGCAGGCAGGAAGAGAAGGACGCAGAGCUGGAUCGGAGGAUAGUUGCCCUUCGCAAGAAGAACCAGGCCUUACUACGCAGGUACCAGGAGAUCCAGGAAGACCGUCGGCAGGCAGAGCAGGGGGGCAUGGCUGUGACCAUGCCGGAGCUCCUCCGACCUGAUGGCCUCACUGUCACCAUCAGCCAGAUUCCUGGCGAGAAGCGGGUGGUCAGCCGGAACUGGGCGAGGAGCAGCCUGGGAUCCAGGGCAGCCGAGGAGAUGCUUGAGGAUGAGGAGGUGGAGCACCACACCGGUGCUUUCUGCUUGGGGGAGCGGGUGGAGCUGGCUGUGACCAUGGAAAACAAAGCUGAGGCCAAGCGGAUCGUAAGUGAGAAGCCCAGCAGAGCAAGGAACCAGGGAGCAGAAGGGUCACCUGGAGGGGGCUUGGGCCAGAGCCCCUCUAUGCAGAUGCCCAGCAGCUCAGAUUCUGCACGGAAGGGUGCUCGGGAGCCCCGGAGUCCAGGCCUGGUCCCAGGCCCAGCUCCCCGCCGGCCAGUGGGGGGACCCCCAGAGGUGGGCUGGGACUAUGCUCAGUGGAAACAGGAGCGGGAGCAGAUUGACCUGGCCCGCCUCGCCCGACACAGAGAUGCACAGGGUGACUGGCGCCGCCCAUGGGACCUGGACAAGGCCAAGCCCACGCCACAGGACUCCAGCAAGCCUCGAGAAGACGGCCCGGCCAGGGCGGGCAGCACCAGGGGUCCCAGGAGCCACCGGAAGCUGCAACCACCACUGUUGCCCCCUGAUGGCAAAGGUGGUACUACUCGGGGUGGGCAACCCAGCAGACCCUCGGGGGCAUCAGCCACACGCAGCAAAGCCCGGGGGAUGGAGAGGCUGACUGGCAGGGCCCGCAGGUGGGAAAUGAAGGAGGACAAAGAGGGGCUGGAGAGUCAGGAGGGAAGCCAAAGCACCAGAAAGACUCCAAGUGAGAAGGAACAUGCACUGACACAGAGCAGGAUGGAGCCGGGCAGACCCACGAGCGCCCCAGCAACCAGCCCAGCCCCAACAACCCCAGAGGGGCCGAAAGGGGAGUCAGGAGCUUCCACAGCCAGUCCUGGCCCUGGCUCUCCACAAAACACUGACUUGGUUCCCCUUGACCUCUCUCUAGGAGGGGCUAGUAGCCCUGGACCCAGGGAGAGUGUGUGUGCACUCAAUCUAAGGCCUGGGUCUCAGGAGAGCCCUGUGUCCUGCCCGGAUGGUUCUGAGCAGCCCCUGGGGUGGCACGAUGACCCCCAGGCCAAGCUGGAAGUCCAGACUUGCUCUGAGCCACAAAGAGGAACAGGGCCCCUAGAGCCCAGAGAAGACAGGUCUGGUAAGGCUGGGGCCCAGCAGGGCCUGGCACCGCGAAGCAGGGCCCCCAGAGGAACUGGCCAAAGGGCGAGGGGCACAGGAGGCAUGAGGAGCAGGACAGGGGGUCCUGGCCCUGCAGGAAGAUGCUGAGCAAAGCUCCUGUGGGCAGGGGCCAGGCUGGGGAGAGGAGGAGGGAGGAACGCAGUCAAGAGUCUCCUGUGUAGUGGGCGUCUGGUUGCUGGUGGCUGUGGCAGUCUAGCUGAGCAGUUUGCCUAACUCUCUGGCAGAGUGACAUUGUGAGGGCAAGUAGCUGUCCUUCCCUGCACCUCACGUGCACAUCCCUGUGCACAUGUGUGUUUUCAUGGGCAGGUACAGCCCCUGGUGUAUUCCUGUGCCACACGUGGUCUCUGAGGCUGGCGAGCCCUGUCCUGGGCCAACUGCUGCCCAGGCCACAGGCUUCCCUGCCAUAGUGAGAGAACACAGCUUGGAAACAUGCAGCACCUGGCUCGCCUGGCUCCCGUCACCCCCAGAGCCUGGCCUCCCUCUCUAGCUGCCAGCUUCCGGCUCCUCAGGUGCAGGCAGCCUCAGCAGCUGGCACGGCCAGCCUAGGCCUGGGCCCUUUCCCACACCUCUGACUUGCACCCAGGUGACUCACGGUCCCAGAUGCACAGGACGGCCAAACCAGGGGAAUCUCAGAAUCAGCUGGCAGACUCUCGCCUUUCUGGAAGAGGAGG